UUAAUCAUCGUACUUGAAAAUCCGCAAGAUUGUUGGAUGAGCAGUAGUCAGUAGUCUACUCUGCAGGGUCUCCUUCGAUCUUCCAAAGGUACUAUUAACUGUGGAUCUUCUUGGAAAAACCGGGAUGAAGAAGGAGACUCUGCUCGCAGUGUAUCAGUAAUCAGCACUGUAUUUGGGAAUUUUGCGAGGUAUGCAAUGAUUUACUCACAAAAUUGCAAAUGGGCUCGCAUGCAAACUUAAGACUUAUUAACUUACAGUGCAAAUUUUGACACUGAUAAAAGGUUAGUGAUUUAAGCAGCUUAUUAAACCAGUCCAUUAUUUUAUGAUGAGAUACUACAAACCACGCAUGCAGGGACCACUAAAUAAAGAAACUCUUACAGCGGCUUAUUACCUUCUAGACUGUUGCCACGAAGCUCUUUAGAACCCCUAAUGUCAUUGGAUCUUGUUAGCACAAAGAUCUUUUGUUUUAGGGCUAUGGUCCAUUGUUACUGUUGUUUAUAUAUCAUUUUCUCAGCCAGUCCUGUGAGACAUUCCAAAGAGCCUUGUGGCGACCCCUUCUAGACAGCGCAAAUCAUUAUGUUGCUUGCUGUGAAUCGAAUACCAUUGGUUUGGAUACCAAUGAGUGAUGGCACAAAACUGGCAGCUAAACUCUGGAUUCCAGAAUUAUUUGAAAAAAGUAAUGAGAAAGCUACAGAUGCAGAAUGUGAAAAAUAUCCUGCUAUACUAGAAUUUCUUCCCUAUCGUCGUAUGGACUGGUCAGCACGGAGGGAUGAAAAAGGCCAUUCAUAUUUUUGUUCUCAUGGCUAUGUGUGUGUCCGUGUAGACAUGCGGGGAUCUGGGGACUCAGAAGGAUUUAUUUAUGAUGAAUGUGAAAGACAAGAACAUGAAGACUGUUGUGACGUGAUCAACUGGAUUUCGCAGCAAGACUGGUGUACUGGAGAUGUUGGUAAGUUAAAUUUUAGAAUUGAGUUGUGGCUUUACAUUCCCUGUCAACUGGUGAUCACACAAGAACCCCUGGGGAGGGGACUCCAAUAUAAAAAGGGUGUGUGUGCUUGUUGUACCUUUUAG